UCGCCGCCAUUUCUAUUGGGAAUAUCGGAGAUUUUCGGAAAGUGUUGGUUGGCUCUGUUUGUGGCGAUUUUUUUCUGAAAUUUUCUCAAUUAAAUCCAGUGCAAGUGAUAGUGUGUUUUCAGAAAAUCUAGGCGAAUCGUUCUGGCUUAGUUUGGACGUGAAAUAAUCGCGAAUAACCUCAGUUUGAGGUUGUUUUUGGGCUAAAGAAAAGUUUGAAGUUGUUCGAGAUUUUCGCCUUGCGUACAUAGAAAGUUUGACAUAUUCCAAGUGACGGCUGCUGAAAUUUCCUGAAAAAAUGACGGCUACAGAUCAAAUGAGAGCGAUGUUGGACCAGUUAAUGGGGACGACAAGAAAUGGUGAGACCACCAGAUACACGAUGAAAUUUUCGGACCAGAAAGUCUGCAAGAGCUUCCUCCUGGGAUGUUGUCCUCACGAGAUUCUCGCAUCCACGCGUAUGGAUCUUGGAGAUUGUCCGAAAAUACAUGAUUUAGCAUUGCGAGCAGAUUAUGAGAAUGCGGCCAAACAUAAGGAUUAUUAUUAUGAUGUUGAGGCCAUGGAACACCUGCAAGCAUUCAUAAACGACUGUGAUCGUCGAACAGAAGCCGCAAAAAAGCGUUUAGCCGAAACACAAGAAGAAAUGACGGCUGAAGUAGCCGAAAAGGCCAAUGCUGUCCAUGCUUUAGCCGAAGAAAUUGCAAAAAAACUGACCAAAGCCGAGCAAUUAGGCCAAGAAGGUCAAGUUGAAGAGAGCGUCAAAUUGAUGACUGAAAUCGAUGACUUACGCGCAAAGAAAAUCAAAGCCGAACACGAGUAUCGUUCUUCAAUGCCUGCAUCGACAUAUCAACAGCAAAAGCUUCGAGUUUGCGAAGUAUGCUCUGCAUAUCUUGGCAUUCACGACAACGAUGUGCGGCUAGCCGAUCAUUUCGGUGGAAAAUUACAUCUGGGUUUCAUGGCAAUCCGUGAAAAGCUUGCCGAAUUGGAAAAGACAGCGGGUCCGCGUAAGGCUGAAAUGAAACGUGGCGGAAGCUAUCGUGAUCGUGACGAUGACAAGUACAAGUCACGAUAUUAUGUAGGUGGUCGGGAAUUGGAUCGACGGUCUCGUGUCCAUCGGUCACGGAGUCGGGAGAGAAAGUCAAAAUCGGGCAGCAGUCGUAGACAGCCAUCCCGAUCUCGAAGCCGCAGUCGAAGCCCUAGCAAUCGUAGUAGCAGCAGCCGUCAUCAGUCACGCAGGCGGUCUCGCUCAAGGGAUCGGGAUCGUUAUUGAAAAGCAACGAGGCGUGGCCGAGUUGGAUACAGAAAUGGAGCGGACACGUGAAUGUGAGUUAGAUUGUUAGGGACAGGAUGAAAACCGCAAUAGAUUUUUAUUAAAUUUACUUCAA